UAUUUAUUGAUAUCUAUGUUAAAGAUGUCCUGAAUGCCAGAGAAAAGCAGAAACAAAAUCUUAGUAAAUGCUUCCAACCUCUUCUUCAACGGUUGUCGCAUGAGGAAUUUCAAACUGUCAUCCUUCCAGCAGCUGUUAAAAUGUUGAAGCGCAAUCCAGAAAUUGUCUUGGAAUCUGUUGGCUUUCUAUUAGCUAAUGUUAACAUUGAUUUAAGUAAGUAUGCCCUGGAACUGCUACCAGUUAUAUUACCACAAGCUCGACAUGUGGAUGAAGACAGGCGUCUUGGAGCUUUGUCAAUGGUUAGGUGCUUAAGUGAAAAAUCAAGUAAUCCUGAUACUAUAGAAGCCAUGUUUGCUUCAGUUAAAGCCAUAAUUGGAGGUUCUGAAGGAAGACUUCAAUCUCCACAUCAAAGAAUUGGAAUGCUGAAUGCAGUGCAAGAACUUGCAAGUGCUCCUGAAGGAAAGUAUAUUGGUUGUUUGUCGACGACAGUAUGCAGCUUUCUCAUAGCCUGCUACAAGGAUGAAGGAAAUGAAGACGUAAAAAUUUCUAUCUUGUCUGCCGUUGCUUCCUGGGCGUCACGAUCUUCUGAUANCAGAAGGGACACUUCAAAGUUGACCAAGAAAGCUGGUAUAAAUCUACCUCUAUAG